AUGAGUGGCUACUACAAUCCUUCCAAUGGCGGGCCGAAUGAGCCAAUACCUCAGUAUCCGGUGUAUGACAACCAAUACAACAAUCAGUAUCACAGGCUCAAUGGACCGAGCAGCCACCAUGAUGGAGUGGCGUUCUGGUACAGACCUCCCCCAGAGCCCUUAUAUGAACAUGAUGCCGCUAUGUUCAGUGACGGAACAGGCAUGCAACCAAAUGCAAUGGAGGCCGCCGCUAUCAAACACAAGCGAACUCGCAGCGGAUGCUAUACGUGUAGAUCACGUCGAGUGAAGUGCGAUGAGGCAAGGCCUGUCUGUGAUCGUUGUCGUAAAGGCGGAAGGACUUGCGAGUUUCCUCCAGCUUCGUCGUCGAAAAGGAACAAACAGGACGCAAAAAGCCCAACAUCGACUUCUGUGAAGCACGAGAAGCAGGAGAGCAGGGACGCGCCCAGCAACCACUUAGAAACCAUCAAAGACGAAGAUGAGUUCGACGAGACACAGAGUGCUCCAACAAACUCGUCCCGCCGUCCCACCCUGAGUCGUGUACGUACAGCGAGUACACAAUCCUUGACAAAGAAGAGUCGCUACAGGCAAGGCACCGAGCCUUCACCAACGCUAUCGACCUUCAAGGACAAAUCGAGUCCACAAUCAGCGUCCAGCACGAGCUCCAACUCCCGUAAUGAAACUCCGACGUCGUCUGUCACAACUACGAAUCUUGCCCAGGAGCUUAAUGACCGACAACUCAGAAUCAGCAAGCUGAACUUGACCAUGCAGCGCUACCUUCAAUUUCAGCGCGAGUAUCUAACCCACUAUCAUUACUUCUUCAAGAUCGAUCUCAACAAUUGGGUUCACACAGACCUGAUCGAUGAAGCCCUCAACUACGAACCUCUGCUGUACGCAGUCGUAGCUUCGCCGCCUACCACUAUGAAGUGCGACAACCUGGCGACUUUUGAAGAAUGCCUAGGCGACUGGGUCAACCUGUCUGGCCACCAACGAGCCGCCGUGUCAAUGCUUACCAGUAUCUAUACCCCAGUCUCAAUAACACAGACUUUGAGGGGCCGCAUGAUCUUCACCUGGUUUGCACGCAUGGAUGUUAUAGCUUCGCUGAUGGGCGGCAAGAGUGCCUCUCUCGACCGGCCCUGGUACGAAGAAUCCGCGAAGUUCUACGAAGGACAGAUGGAUACUGACCCAGAGAAUGACAUUGAUAUCGACGGCCAACUCAACAUGAUUGUCGCCUCCAAUCGAUUGAUUGGCUAUGACAUGGCGAAACUCUACGCCAAAGUCCCGAAGAACGAGAUCUCGCCCGAGGACUUUCAACGAGAGAACGGCGCGAUCGAGCAGCGCAUGCUGGAAUUUCGAAAAAGAAUCGAAUCGCUCAACGACGAAUAUUAUACUGUACAGGAGUUUCCCAUGGAAGUCGAAAAACCCAUGACCGAAGACGACAUUGUUAACCCAUACAUCCCGGGUGGCUUGUAUAAAGACGCUUUGUGGUCUCUGAACUUCAUGUGGAUCGACUGGUAUACAAUCGACAUGAUGCGGCGCUACCAGUCGUCACUGGUCCUCCGCAAACCUCCUCCGCCUGAGCUGGAGCACUACUCGCUGGAACAGUGCCGUAUCUAUGAGUCCGUUGCGCGAUGGCCUCAUGCGCUCCCGGGCUCCAUCGUCGGCGCACAUGCUUCCAUUGCUUUGGCGGCGGUGUUCUUGAAGAAGGACGAGAAGCACACAAUGUGGAUGCGCCGAAAGCUCGCCAAGGUCGAGCAGCAAGGAUAUGUCUUCCCGCCACACUACAGAGCACAGAUGGCAAGGGUGUGGAAUCUGACGGAUGAAUCAGUCGGACCGGAGAACAGCGUGGAGAACUGGUGGCUACCGAACGAUGAGGGAAAGCUACCAAUUUUGACGGAGAUCAGGAAGCUGGUCAGCGAACGUGUUCGAGGAGAAGACUCUACCAUUGGCGGCAAAGAAGUCGAGGAUGUGCGUGACAUCAGGGCCAUUUUCGCAAAGCUGGACAUCAGAUCGCAGGCGCCCAGCAGAUCUACGAGUAACGAACGUGCGGGCAGCUUCGCAAGUGUGGACGGCAUCAGUCCGCCUGAGAGCGAUAUGCAUAGACAUAUGGUUGGUGGGGGAGGGAUGAGCUAUGGAAGCCCGAGCACAGCCGUACAGAGUCCAGCUUCGGCCACGAGCCAAUUCACAGGAACUGGUCAUCUUAUGGAUGGUGCGGCGAACGUUGCUAUGCCGGAGGUCACGCAAGAGGAGGAUCACGAUCUACUGAACGUCGAGGUCAAGGACCCGAGCCGGAUGAGCGGCAUCUGGUCGUAA